AUGCUCAUCGACGGUGAAAAGUGGGCCUGUGAAGCUUGCGUUCGCGGUCACCGAGUGACCACCUGCAAGCACCAUGAUCGACCAUUAAUCCACAUCAACCGAAAGGGCCGUCCCUUUGCAACCUGCUCGGUCUGCAACUGCACGCCGUGCGAGGCGCCCGAGGAUCACGCCAAGCUCAAACGCGAGGCCGACGCCAGAUGUCAAGCAUCAAAAAGAGCCGCCGGCAGAUCUCCUCGUUCCACCUCGGUGGGCUCCCUGAAGCCGAUUGCGCCGCGUCCUGCGCCGUCGUCCACGGGCGGUGGUAGCAGUGGUGGUGCAGGUGCAGGAUUCCGGCGCGACUCCCACUCUCCCCCGACAGGGGACUAUGACGAUCAUCGCCCUCGGUCCAUCAUCUCCGUGAGCCCGCCGCCACCUCCACCACCCCCAUCAUCCCAGCUGUGCCACCAGCAGCAGCAGCAGCAGGGUCUCAUCCCCGGUACGCCCGGCAGCAGUCCCAUCUACCUGCCCGGCACCAGCACCAGCACCGCCUACCCGUCCCCAUCAUACUGCACGAUAAGUGACAUCCCCAGCUCGCUGAGCAUGGUCAACCCGCUCGACUUCGAGAACGGGGUCGGGGUCGGGGUCUCCUCCUACGCAGACAGCGCGUCCGCCGCCGCCAUCUACGCCCUCGAAGACCUCGACGUCAAUGCUCUGCCCGCCGACGUCUUCCAGGGCGAUUGGUCGUGGCUAUCGUUAUCGGAGGAGGCGGCCCUCCGGGACGAGGUAUAA